CCGGGCUUCCUUGCCUGAUAUAUAUUAUUUGUGUAAUUAUCAGUAUCUCUCCUGUGAAACAUAUGAGAACGAGAGUGAAGCAAUUUAACGUUUCAUCCGUUGGAAAAUGAACCAAAUUUACGUUUGAGGGAGUUUCAUCUUAAAAUACAAACAGUCGUUGUUGGAUAACCUCAAUGGCAUGCAAGUGGACCGCUGCGGAUAGUUGGCCGCUGUGUUGCCGGAUAGUACCCAGUCUUAGUUAAAUGGAACCGAGUUAUUUCCUUUCAAGGGUCGCAUGCUGAUUACUUCGAUUAGAACGUGUUGAUUUUAUGUGUAGCUAAAGUUCCUGGCUAGCGAUAGGGCUAUUGUUUUGCUGUCGACCACUUGCUUAGUGAGGGUGGUCCAUGCUAACUUGCUAUGAGUAUUGCUAUUAGACAGUUGAGCAACUAGUUGGAUUACUAUUUCUGUUUGAACCUUGCAUGUUAAUGCUUGAAAUUCUAAAUGGCUGUUUCUGUCACAGCCCGUCGUUUACCGUGUGGCGUGGGUACUUUUUGUGAAUUUUUAGAAAUUGUUACGUUUGGUUCGAAACGCUCCAGCACCUUACGUGCAAGAGUACUCCUCAGACAGCCAAUCAGAUACUUGACGUGUGGUUUGCUCGUAAGAACUCCGAAAAUACUAUGCAAUUUGGACUGGAGCACAACCCAUAUCCCUCCUAACAGAAACUUCAUCAGUCUUACCAAUAAGAGAAAACAGUAUUCAGAACGACGCAUCAUUGGAUACUCCAUGCAGGAGAUGUAUGAUGUCGUGGCCAAUGUGGAUGAUUACAAGCACUUUGUUCCGUGGUGUAAAAAAUCCCAGACCAUCAUGAAGAGGGCAAGCCAUGCUAAAGCCCAGUUAGAAGUGGGUUUUCCUCCAGUGGUAGAGAGGUACACUUCCAUGAUCACGAACGUUCGUCCUCAUCUUGUCAAGGCUGUAUGUACAGAUGGCAAACUUUUCAACCACUUGGAAACAAUAUGGCGCUUCAGCCCUGGCAUUCCCGGGUAUCCCAGGACCUGCACUGUCGAUUUUUCAAUCUCUUUUGAAUUCCGCUCCCUGUUACACUCUCAGCUGGCCACCGUCUUCUUUGAUGAGGUUGUCAAGCAGAUGGUUGCUGCCUUUGAGACCCGUGCUGGCAAACUGUAUGGUCCUGAAACGAGAAUCCCUAGAGAACUCAUGUUCCAUGAAGUGCAUCAAACGUGAGCCUUAGUUGGAUGUUUGGAAGUGUGUGUGUGUGUGUAUGCACGUGCGUGCGUGUGUGUGUGUGUUUGAGUAUCUCUGCUUAGCCAUUACCUCUCCAGCACAUUCACAAGGCACUACAUGUGAAGGGAUCACUCUUUCGACUUAUUUAAAAUACUUGAGGGUAGAUGAUGUUCCUCUUGGCUGUGCUGCUGUUCGUGCAGGCCUUUGUUCCAGGUUUAUUGCAGCACACCUGAUCUGAGCUGGUCUGUGCACUGAUGAGUCAGGUGCGCUGUGUGCUACGCUAGGGUAGGAUUAAAAAGUCGUGCAAGAGGAAAGUCACUCCCCCCGAUCUGGAAAUGCAUAAAAUGAGACAAUGAAAUGUAAUAGGAUUUCGAUUAUGUGAUGGGUGUAUACAGUCUGUUCCAU